CUGCGGUACCGUGAUGACCCGGGAGGAUGGAGAAGUUGUCGGCGAGCCUGUCGGAGAUCACUUGGAGCCCGUUGGCGCUGCCGUUGGACGCGGUGGUCAGCAAGUUCCGUCUGCCCACUCUGGUCCGCUUGGCCCACGGUGAAUGUGUGGAAGGUCUGUCAGAGGAGGAUGUUGUGCUGUUACACUCCUGUCGGCAGUGGACCACAGUGACUGCCCACAGCUUGGAGGAGGGACACUACGUCAUUGGACCCAAGAUAGACAUUCCUCUGCAGUACCAGGGGAAGUUCAAGUUGUUGGAUGAAGACCGAGACGUCAGGGAUCCGGUCCAGUAUUUUUCCAGUGUGGAGGAAGUUGCUGGAGUCUUCCCUGACCGGGUCUUCGUCAUGGAGACGAUCACUUUUAGCGUCAAGGUGGUUUCAGGGGAGUUCAGUGAGGACAGUGAGCCCUACAGCUUCACCCUGCAGGCUGGAGAUGAGCUGUCACUCAUGGGGAAGGCGGAGCUUCUCUGUGCCACACCCUCUAAGGAAAAGACGGGACUGAGCGCGCUCCUUAGACGCCUGGGAAAGACUCCUAGAAGCAAAACUCCCUGCCUGGUCUGUAUGAACCAUCGCACCAAUCAGAGCGUCAGCCUGCCCUUCGGCUGCCGUGGACGCUUUUGCACACGCUCCCCUCUGGAGCAAGGCAUGCUGGGAGGGGAGCACACUGUGCGCAGCAUCAUCGAGAGGGUUCGCCUCCCUGUCAAUGUGUCUGUGCCUUCGCGACCACCGCGAAACCUCUACGACCGCCACGCGGUCCGAGAGGGCCACCGAUACAAGCUGCUCAACAUCGUCAGCAAGACGGUGGUGCUCUGCUUGGUGCUCCGCCGACAGGAAGUCUCCCCCUCCCACUUCCUGCUGUUACGAUGCAUGCCCCGGUUCAACGUGGCCGAGGCCUCUGUCCACACGGCGGCGUUGGAGAGCCUCCUACUGCGACAUGCUUUCGACCCAGAUGCCUACUCUCGUGCUGUUAGAGAAACCCGGCCAGAGCUGGAGUGUAUGACGGAGGAGUGCGUGAGCCCGCGGCGCUCUCGCAUGUGUGUGUCGGGUCAGGACUCCUUGGCACCAGCACUGCAGCGCCUCUCCAUGUGCGGGUAUGGGGGUGGGGUUUCGGACAGCCUAUCGCAGCGCUGCAGGGACUCUCUUGGGGAGCGGCUGGGUGAGGGACCAGGUGAGGAGCGGGAGUACGUGACUCCUGAGUGGACUGAGGCCGAAAUGAGGACCAGUGAGGAAAUCCCUUAUGAGGAACUCUGGACCAAUCAGAAUGCAGAGGGCUUAGGGAAGGAACCAAACCUCAUCUCCUUCCAUUCGUCUUCCUCAUUGGACGGUUCUCUUGGUACCGUGUUGACAAGGGUGUCUACCCCACCACCUGUACCUCCAAAAUCUGAUGCUGUGAGAGAGGAGUGUCGCUACUUGAUCGCUCCUCCGGUUCCCCCUCGCUGCUCUAAAGGAGGCUCCAUCUCCAGUCCGGCCCCCAGUCCUCCGGUCCCACCUCGCUUCCCCAAAACCUCCUCCUCCCCGAGACCCAACCUUUCCUUCUACUCCUCUGGACUUCAGGACAGCUGCUCGCCUUCUCCAAAUGCUUCCCUCUACUGUUACCCGUGUUCCUGGGCAGAUUGCCCGGCCCCUAACCCUGCCAGUCCUGAGCCAGUCUCUGCCAUCCCCGCAAACAGCACAGCCAAUCCUCAGCCAGCACAGGCCACCUGGGCAGAGCCGUGGGUAGACUCCUUCACCUGCUCCGGACCCCGUCUGAGGCCGCCACCUCCACAGAGUCGAUUUGCUCCCUUUGGGGCGCUGAACCCUUUCAACCGCCAGUCACCCUGUCCCUCGCCUGAGCCCGCUGCCAAUCCCCCAACAGAGUCCUCCAGGGGUGCCGAGGGCGGUGGGACGUCCACAGGGGUCACUGAAGGAAUGUCCUCGCCCCCUGACCCCACCUGGCGGCCUCCUGCUGACCUGUCUGUGCUGUCAUUGGAGGAAGUGUCGGCCUGCCUGCGUUUCAUCGGCCUAUCGGAGGCAGCGGUGGCCGUGUUUCAGAGGGAGCGAAUCGACGGCAGCCUCCUGGUGCAGCUGACUGAGGACAUCCUGUCACAUGACUUCCACCUGAGCCGACUCCAUGUCACCAAGAUCACACAGUUCAUACAGGGCUGGAGGCCCAAGAUCUAACACACACACACAUGCACACACACACACUGUCCUGAUAAUGUGCCUGUUGGCUGCUGAGCCCUCCUGAAUGUGCCUUCCACUGUGACCAACCGGCCGCUGAGCCUGAAUGACUCAAGCUGAGACUUUGCUAAAGGAAACCGCGUCACCUUGUGGUCAAACUAUAGAACUGACACUUGACUGACUGCAUAUUUCCUGUGUGAAUCCCAGACUGGGACUAGUUUACUAACAAAUGACUACGACAGAGAGCUACAUGAUGAAAGAGCCCUUUUUCAGUUUGUCUGUGAGGCAGAUAGCCAACCACAACACAUCUUCGUGCUUCGAGACAGCUAAAGUUGGUCCCACGGAAAAUCUGAUUUAAGAGGAAAACAUGCCUUCAUUUUACAUAAAAAAUAUUUUUGGCAAAUGAACAGAAUUUCUGCAGUUUUUACAUAUUGCAUACAGGACAGUAAAAGGUUAGUGCUAAAAUAAAGGGAUUUACAUCCUUAUAAGGUCGACCAGCAGGACAUGUAACAACACCACAGCCUUCUGCAUCUGUCUCUGUCUCUCUAGACUAGGCUGAAUAAAAAAAAGGAAAAUGCAGAAAGUCUGAAAGUCAUAAGCACCAUUUGAGUAAUUACUGAGUUUCAGGUACUGAUCAGUCAUCCACUGAACCAUCUCUGAACAUACAGUAUUCUGUAUGACAGUUUGUAUGGCAAUUUUGUGCUUUUUGUUAACAUUUCCUUUAAGGGAAACACAAGAUGUGCUUUGGUCUGUAGUGGGAUACACAGAUGUGUUGUCAUUUAUGAUCUUCCUCAGAAUAGAGUUCUCAAAAUGUACCUCAGAACACAUAAUCAGCAUGUGCUGGAUUAGCCAUGCGUAAUAAUAAGGGAAGUUAGCACUAAGUAAAAUGUUGACAAACAGCAGCUAUUUGUUCUCACUUCAUUACACACCACCAGACAGAAAACGCACACACUGUCACACUGAUGACUGCCUGAAAGUAACCCGUCCCGUAAAAACAAAACACACAGUAAACUCCACUGAAAAUUUAAGGAAAGGAGGCCCAUAAAGCAACUAUAUAUAUUUAUCUACAGUUAAAUAAACACCUCUAAACUAACCCUAACUAAGCAAUCCUGAAUUAUUUAAAUGGGAACAAAAUGUGGCUGAAAAUACAGAAAUUUAAAACCUGAGCAACAAAAUGACCUGAGUGAUUAAAAAUGUUGUACCAGACCGAAUCCAGACAUCAGCAGGUGGAGGGAUGGAAUGAGUUCUACACAUACAUCCAGCUUUAACAGGGAUACAAACCGUUUGUUCAGACAGGACCUUGUGACAGUGAAUGUUACAUAACCUGGGACUGUAGCCUCAGCUACAAACAAGGGUUAUUUUAAAGGGGCAAAAUCAUCCAAGUUAGCCAGAUAACUGUGAACAUUUAUGUUGUAGUAAAUGUCUGUGAUUCUUUUGCUGCCAUACAAGCUGCUGCUCUCUCGUCACGUCUGAAAUAAUCCUCGUUAAAUUCCGCAACAUUCCAAAAACUGGACAGGUUGCAGCUGGCUCAAAGGCCGCUGACUGAUGGCAUGUUUUCCCAAAAUGUUUCUCACGACAUCUCUUUCUCUGUGAUCCUGUAACUACAAGGCCACUGCAAGAAGAGUGAUGAAGAAAUAAAUAAGAGAAUAUGGAAUAAAUAGAAAUGUAAUGAAAAU